CUGGUAGGUCACUUCUACACACGUUUGACUGUAAAGUGAGUUUGGAAGAAAAGUUGGACUUUUCAAUCAUCUUGGGUGUUCACGUGACCCAGGAUGACAUAUACUCAUUUCUACUUGCUCCAAACACAUCCUAACAAACUCCCCCACUUCACCCCACGCCAUCCCCAAUUUCUCCCACCAUUCAUACCGACACCACCACUCCACCAUUACCACCACCAAUUAUGCCGCCGGAACUCCCCUGUUUCUUCCUCCUCUUCCUUAUCCUCUGUUUUUCCAACACCGCUUCGUCAGACGAGCUUGACUCCCUCCUCACCCUCAAAUCCACUCUCAAAUCCUCCAAUCCCAACCUCUUUUCUACAUGGAUCCCCUCCAACCCCACCUGUGAUUUCACCGGCGUUUCCUGCAACACAGCCCGAAACGUAACCGAAAUCGAUCUCUCAAAACAGGGCUUAUCAGGUACCCUCCCAUUCAAAGCCAUCUGCUCCCUCCCUUCCCUACAAAAACUCGCUUUCGGGUUCAAUUUUCUCUCUGGAACCAUCUCCUCCCAACUCCUAAACUGCAGAAAUCUUCGUUACUUAGACUUGGGUAACAACCAAUUUACUGGCUCAUUUCCAAACCUUUCACCUUUAUCCAAAUUAGAGUACUUGUACUUGAAUUUGAGUGGUUUUUCUGGGAUUUUCCCAUGGAAUUCUCUCUCAAAUAUGACUGGCCUUAUUCAUCUCAGCCUCGGCGACAACCCUUUCGACACCGCUCCGUUUCCGAAACAGAUAACCGAGUUGAAGAAAUUGACUAUGCUAUAUUUGACAAACUCCAGCAUUUCAGGGUCAAUUCCACCUGAAAUUGGAAACUUGUCUGAAAUGAGCAGUCUCGAAUUAUCUGAUAAUUUUUUAUCUGGGUCAAUUCCAGUUGAGAUCACUAAGCUCGAGAAACUAUGGCAGCUUGAGCUAUACAAUAACUAUCUCACCGGAGUUAUCCCGGUCGGGUUUCGAAACUUGUCCAGUUUGCUGAGGUUUGAUGCUUCUAACAAUAGCUUAGGAGGGGACUUAUCUGAGCUUAAGUUCUUGAACCAGCUUGUUUGGAUUCAGCUCUACCAGAAUAAUCUCUCCGGCGAAGUUCCGGCAGAGUUUGGAGAUUUUAGGAAUUUGGUGAAUUUAUCUUUGUAUAGCAAUAACCUGACUGGAGAACUUCCCCAGAAGCUCGGGUCGUGGGCUGAGUUUGAUUUCAUCGAUGUGUCGACAAAUUCACUUUCUGGUCCUAUCCCCCCUGAUAUGUGUAAAAAAGGGACUAUGAAAAAGCUUUUGAUUUUGGAGAACAAAUUUUCCGGCGAGAUUCCGGCAAGUUAUGCCAACUGUACGACGUUGACUCGUUUCCGUGUCAGUGAUAACUUGCUCACUGGAGAUGUUCCCGCCGGAAUUUGGGGGCUGCCCAAUGUGAAUAUUAUUGAUAUCGCUGAUAAUCAGCUCCGAGGUUCCAUCACCUCGCAUAUCGCAAAAGCUAAGAAUUUGGUACAAAUUUAUGCUUCCAACAAUGAUCUAUCUGGUUAUAUUCCCGAGGAAAUCUCGGGCGCUUCGUCGUUGCUGUUGAUCGAUUUAAGUGAAAACAAACUCGUAGGUAAAGUACCUGAAAGUAUUGGUAAGCUGAAGAUGUUAAACAACCUCUACUUACAAAACAAUCAGCUUUCUGGUAAUAUCCCUACUUCUCUUGGGGAAUGCCUUCAUCUUAAUGACGUUAAUUUAGCUGAAAAUGCAUUUUCUGGUGAGAUUCCUAAAAGUUUAGGUUCUUUGCCUACUUUGAAUUCCUUGAAUUUGUCACAAAAUGACUUGUCUGGUCUAAUUCCGAAUACUCUUUCGUCUCUUAAGCUUAGUAAUCUUGAUUUGUCCUACAACAAGUUAUCCGGUCCCAUCCCAAAAUCUCUGUCGAUGGGGGCCUUUAAGGGUAAUGACCAUCUUUGUAGUUCGGAUAUUAAGAGCUUUAGGGAAUGUUCAUCGAGGUCUCGAGAUUAUCACACAUUUGUUAUUUGUCUAGUUCUCGGGUUAGCCAUAUUGGUUGCUUUGAGUGGUUGUUACUUGUAUACAAAGUUAAGUGGUGGUCGUAAGGAUAAGGAGGGUUCGUUCUCAUUAAAGGACGAUUACUCAUGGAAUAUGAAGUCAUAUCAUGUGCUUACCUUCAGCGAAGAGGAGGUACUCGAUUCAAUCAAGCCGGAGAAUUUAAUAGGGAAAGGAGGGUGUGGAAGUGUUUAUAAGGUGGACCUAAAAGAUGGGAAAGAGUUGGCGGUGAAGCACAUAUGGAACUUUGAUUUCUCGGAUGAUCCAAAGAAGAACCGUCCAAGCACACCAAUGUUGGAUAAGAAAUACGGGAGCAGUAGAAGGGUGAAGGAGUUUGAUAUGGAGGUGAAAACUUUGAGCUCAAUUAGGCAUAUCAAUGUGGUGAAGUUGUAUUGUAGUAUAACUAGUGAAGACUCGAGCUUGUUGGUUUACGAGUUCUUGCCUAAUGGGAGCUUGUGGGAUAGGUUGCAUAGUAGCAAGAAACUCACAUUAGAUUGGCAAAGUCGGUAUGAUAUUGCUUUGGGUGCUGCAAAGGGUUUGGAAUACCUUCAUCAUGGGUACGAAAGACCCAUUAUUCAUCGUGAUGUCAAGUCUAGCAACAUAUUGUUGGAUGAGUUUCUCAAGCCUAGAAUUGCUGAUUUUGGCCUCGCAAAGAUCCCUCAAGUCAAUGCUACUAAUUGUGAUUCAACUCAUGUUAUUGCCGGAACACACGGUUACAUUGCACCAGAAUACGGUUACACAUACAAAGUGAACGAGAAGAGCGAUGUUUACAGCUUUGGAGUGGUACUAAUGGAAUUGGUAACGGGAAAAAGGCCCAUUGAGCCAGAAUUCGGAGAAAGCAAGGACAUUGUUAGUUGGGUUUCAAGCAAGUUAAAAAACAGGGAAAGCGUGUUGAGUAUAAUAGAUUCAAGCAUUAUAACACCCCUAAAAGAAGAGGCAAUUAAGAUUUUGAAGAUUGCGAUCCUUUGUACCGCUAGGCUACCCGAGCUCAGGCCAACAAUGAGGAGUGUAGUCCAAAUGCUCGAGGAAGCCGAACCAUGUCAAUUGGUGAGUAUCGUUGUUGCCAAAGACGGGGCAAAGAAAAUAGAGGAAAACAAAGAAAAGUUCUAAAACCUAUUGUAUAUGGUCUAGUAACUUGGUCUCAUACAUUAUUUAAACAUGACCAAUUGCUUGAAUAAGCAAUUCUAGUUUAAGGUUAAAUGCAGAGAAUUGUAAUAUAUUUUGUAUAUGGCAGAGUCGUCCAAGAGAGUAAGAGACUAGAACUCUUGUAGCCUCAAAAUGUAGAGAAAAUAAUUCUUGUACUAUAAUAGGCAUGAUGUAAAAUAUGAAUCAUAUUCUGUUUUCUAA